AUGACGUCAACCAGUCGAGCUGUUUCAAUGUUUAUUCCACAUGGUGGCGGACCACUUCCACUUCUCAACGACCCUUCGCAUCGUGAAGUCAUUGAAUUUCUUCGCGGUAAAGCACGACAAUUACUUGGCACUCCAAAAGCAAUUAUUCUCGUCACAGCACAUUGGGAAGAACGUCUACCGACUAUUUCCUCAGCUGAACAACAUUCACUAUUCUUUGAUUACUACGGGUUUCCAAAGGAAACUUAUGAACUUCAGUAUCCAGCAAGUGGAUCACCGUUGAUUGCUGAAAAAGUUAAGAAAGCACUGGAAAAAUAUGGUUUUCAAGCGAAACUUGAUGCAAAACGUGGUUGGGAUCAUGGAGUGUUUGUACCUUUGACACUUCUCAUACCUGACGCUGAAAUUCCCAUUGUCCAAUUAUCAGUCCUCACCUCACAAGCAGCUGAUGAACAUUUGAAGAUGGGAGAAGCACUGAGUGAAUUACGUAAUGAGAAUAUUGCAAUUAUUGGUAGUGGUAUGAGUUUUCACAAUAUGAAAGCAUUUCAGAGCAGUGGAGGUAAACACGAUGAAAAUAAGUUGUUUGAAAAUGCCCUACAACAGUCGAUUGAAAGCGGAGAGCUGGAUAAACUCAAAAAUUGGGAACAAUUUCCAGGUGCACGUUACUGUCAACCACAGGGACAAGCUGAGCAUUUUAUGCCCUUGUUAGUUGCAGCUGGCGCAGGAAGGGAAAAUAAUAAUUCGAAAGGAAAAUGUGUAGCAAAACUAGAACUUAUGGGAACGAUUGUAAGUUCAUAUUUGUGGACGUAG